AUGGCCAUAAAGAGUCUGCUACAAUACGUGGGCUCUAGCUCGCUGCUCUAUUUGGCAGCAGGGCUGGUAGCUCUCAUCUACUUUCUUACCAGCUUGAAGAAAUCAGUUUGCAGUUUGCCUCCUGGGCCACGACCUCUUCCUCUGAUCGGAAACUUGAACGUGGUGGACCUGAAAAAGCCGUUCCAGUCACUGACAGAGCUCUCCAAGAUAUAUGGCAACAUCUUCACUGUGCAUUUUGGACCCAGGAAAGCUGUGGUACUGGCUGGAUAUGAAACCAUCAAGGAUGCCCUUUUAAAUCAUUCUGAAGAAUUUGGAGAAAGAGCAGAAAUACCCAUAUUUAGGAAAAUGACACAAGGAAAUGGCAUAGGAUUCAGCCAUGGAGAGCUAUGGAAAACUAUGAGAAGAUUUACCUUGUCCACACUGCGAGAUUUUGGAAUGGGAAAGAGAACAAUUGAGAUCCGAAUUCUUGAGGAACUAACUUCCCUCAUUAAAUAUUUUGCAUCUUAUCAGGGGAAACCUUUUGAUACGAAGAUGAUACUCAACAAUGCUGUAUCCAACGUCAUCUGCUCUAUAUUGUUUGGAGAGAGGUUUGAAUAUGAUGAUCCUGUAUUUCUGACUUUGCUGAAGCUGUUAAAUGAAAAUACCAAGCUGCUGGGCUCCCCUAUGGUACUGUUAUAUAAUUUCUACCCAUCGCUUGGAUUUCUCUUUGGUGCUCCCAAGACUGUGCAACAAAAUGUUGAUGAGUUGACUGCUUUUCUCCAGAAGCUCUUUCAGGAGCACAAAGAAGAGUUUAAUGAAAAUAACUUAACAGGCUUUGUUGAUGCCUUUCUUAUGAAGCAACAACAGGAGUCAAAGAAACCCUACACUUACUUCCACAAUGGCAACCUGCUGUUUUCAACCUUGGACCUCUUUGCUGCUGGGACUGAGACUACUUCUACCACUGUCUGCUGGGGUCUUCUUCUGAUGAUGAAAUACCCAGAAAUUCAGAGAAAGAUUCAGGAAGAAAUGAACCAAGUCAUUGAACCAGGACAACUGCCUAAGUUGGAGGACCGGAAAAAAAUGCCCUAUACAGAUGCAGUGAUACAUGAAAUACAAAGAUUUGCCAAUAUAGUCCCAAUGAGUGUAUCAAGAUCAACUCCUACUGAUGUGAAUUUCCAAGGUUAUGUGAUUCCUAAGGGGACAGAGGUUAUUCCGUUGCUGACCUCCGCUCUGAAUGAUGAGUUGCACUGGAAAACCCCUGAUGAGUUCAACCCUUCUCACUUCCUGGAUGCUGACGGGAACUUUAUUAGGAGAGAGGCAUUUAUUCCAUUUUCCAUAGGACGAAGGGCUUGCAUUGGAGAAGGACUGGCCAAAAUGGAGCUGUUCCUCUUCUUUGCAGGCUUGCUCCGCAAAUUUGUUUUCCAGACCCCUCCAGGAGUGGACAAGUCAGAUCUAGAUCUCACUGCUGAUGUCGGCUUUAUCUUGAGCCCCAUGCCUCACCUGGUUUGCGCUGUGCCCUAUGAAUGAUCAAACCACAUGCAGUAAGCGUAGUGAACACUUUAGGCUUGAAAUCAAGUCUGGUUACAGGAAGAAAAAAAGUUGUCUAUUCCUGAGUUUUAGGAGAAGGAAGACAAUGGGCACUGCUAUUUUUCUCUCUUUUGUAUUCUUUCUAAGAGCUCUCCUGAUACUGGUAUAAUGCAAACCCUUCACACACCCUUAAGUACAGCACUGAGAAACAGUGCAACCCAUUCCUGGAACAGGAAGGCAAGUUUCAGGGCUAUUUGAAGGAAUGAAAUGGUUUCAGGCCUCCUCUAUGGAUGCAACCCAUCAGAGUCUCUCUAGUCUGUCCUCUGAGAGCCUCCAUGGGGAAUUUCCCAGCCCAAAGUCCAAGCACUGUAGCAGAGCUGACUGAUGGCCCAGUUGGAGCCAGCAGACACAAAGUAUAAAUACUUAAUCGAUCUAGAAAUCUCCCAGGGAUAGUUGUUCGGCUGAGCCUCAGAAUGAGUUUCCGUUGUGCAAUACAACCUGCCUUAUCUUCCUCACAGAGCCCCAAACACUGGGGUGUAACGUGGGUCUAUGCCAAGAGCCAGACGUAGGACAGUUAUCAGAAAACAUCUAAGUGGUUUGGGAAGUAAGUUCAUUCCAACUCACACCAGGAACUUUGUACUAAAGAGCCUAUUUUAUGACAGGGCCAAUCUAGCAGCUUUCUGCUUCUGCUCAGAACAGCGUUUCUGCUCUUCCCUCACCUCUCCUGGCUGUGUGCUGGCUCCAACACUUGUCCGAUCCUUGGCUGGGCCAAUUCAGAUCCCUAAGCACAUCCCAGAGGCAGCACAAGGACCACGCAGCUGGGAGCGGGGGAGCACAACUCCCACUCAGGAGCCUAGUUAAUCUCUAGAUCUCCUCUACCAUCCACAGGGAAAAUGAGGCUCCUUCAGUGAGUGAUUCAACUGCCGUAAGGUCUGAAUUGCUCCUUCUUUCCAUUGACUGCAGAGUAAGCCACCACUCCCAAGCUCCUAAUUCAAAUCUCUCAAGCUGAUGCAUCAGGUUUGGUGGCACGAAUAGGGGCAAUACUUUAUUUUCAAUUUGACUGAAAAUAGGACUUAAACUCUUUAGGAAAUGUUACCCUCUGUCCUCAGCUCUACAGGACAUACACGGCCCCUGGCAUUUCAAGCAGUCUCCCUCUCCAGACAUUCCUGGUGUCAGGGAUAAGCAGCAAGGUCUCCAGGCAGAGUGACAGGCUCAGCCUGCAGUCCCAAGCAGUGCUGAGCAAAUGACACUGCCAUGGGUCCCCACAGAAGUUUUAUGUGCUCAGUACACAGCAGGACCAGGGGCGUCACAAAAUGAAUUGCAAGCCAAGUUUUGAUCCAUGCAAAAAGUGCUUUGGCUGCUCAUGUAAUACCUACGUAAAGUUACAAAUUCAGAGCUGUUAAUACUUUGCCUAGCAGAGAUCUUAUAUCGCUGUCAAAGUUUAAUAGGGUUUUGUAUGUUGUCACUGUGAAAACAGAUGUUGUAAAACUGGUAAUAGAGACUGGAAGGAGAAGUAGGUUGGACACUGUACCUUGUCACCAAGUCUUUCACCUAUACCAUUAAUGUGUAAUAUCGGGUCUUUGCAGAAAGCUGCUGACAUCCCAGAGACUGUGGCCUUCCUAGGAGAGCGGUUGAUUACAACAAUUAAUGAUUUAUUUCAUGUAGCAGCCAUCAGGAUGAGGAACAACUAGCUCUACUUGCAAAGCUACACCCAUUGAGGGACCCAUGAUGUGCGUACGCCUGUGUGCGCGCAUGCAUACGAGAUCUGAAUGACAGUGCAGGUGAGAGAGGGGAGGCUUCAUCUACAGUGAAACAAAGGCAGGAAAAUGUAUGCAGGUUAGGGAGAAGGGAGUCACUGAAGAUGCUCUUGUAUUGGUUUGGAAGCAGGAAAGGCAAGUUUGGAUGAGAAGAAUGGGAAAACCAGAAAAUUACAGAGACUAAGGGAGUGGCUAUGGUAAGUUUAAAACACAAAACCACAGUCGUUGGCAUCUAAAGAUGAUCUGUGCUGCAAAAAGAAGGAAAAAAAGGAGGAAGAGAAUAUGAAGGGAUGUCCAAAGUAGGGUGGUCUUUGUCAGGCCAGGACACUGACUCUUCACACUAGCUUCAGUUCAGCACUAAAGGCAACACUCUAAUAGUUGUACCGUACCUUGCACUUGUGCUUAUACUGGACUUGUAUUUGUAUCACAUUUCUACUUGCAUUGUACUUGUACUGGUCUUGCACUUUUCCUUGCACUGUACUUUGGAGCCCGCUCCAGCUGCUGGAUACGCCUCAGAGAAUCUGCGUAACAAAUUAAGUAACAAGAAAGCCUUUGCUGCUAAGCUUGCUUACAUGUGUUUGCUGUUGCUCUGUUCGCGGUCUAACUACCACAAGCCUGACCUUAGCUCCUACUUAACAUAUAAAUAUUUUUCUCUGUU